AUGAUAGCCGAUGGGAGUUAUGUUCAAAAUAAGGAAGACCCGUUAUUUAGACUAUUAGGACGCAAGCACGGGGGGCGAUCACGGACAAUAUCCAAUAUAAUUGGCCCUACUCAGGUUUACGGUGGAUUGUUUAAGAAUGUGGAAAAUAGUCGAAGCACUAGACCACAGGUUGACAUGAUCCCAACAAUCCAUGAAUCUAGUGGUGCGUCUGGUGGACGGUUGACAGAAUAUCCACCUAUUGAGGUUAGGACAGAAUGUGAUUUGCUAGUGAAUCUGGCUGAUACCCAAUUGAAAGUAGCUACUGGUAUUGCAUGGCCAACAUCUGAAACGGUCAUACAUUCGCAACCAAUAAGUAAAGGUUGUGCGAAAGUAUAG